AUGCAGAGUCGUAUGAACUUCGAUGAUGUUGCAUGGGAACAGAGGUUAUUUGAGACCGAUACUUUGAAAGAAAUCGGUAACUUGAUCGUGAAGCACCGAAAAGGCGUCCCUGUAGAGUUAUGUGACGCUACAGCCGGAGGGUUUAAUGUAUGUUUCCGGAUGAAAUUCGAGGAUAGUGGCUCUGCAAUUAUUCGGUUUCCAAAACCUGGCAUCGGCAUGUUCCCUGAAGAGAAAGUUCGCAACGAGGUUGCUGUGAUGAAGUAUCUUCGGGACCAUACAUCGAUUCCGGUCCCAGUUAUUAUACACUGGGGGACAAAGGAAGAAAGCCCCCCCGGUCUAGGGCCAUUUAUUAUCAUGGAAUAUAUUGACUAUGCCAUGGAUUUGAGUACAGCGCUGAAUACACCCGGGCUUGAUAUUAAAGACCGCCCAGUUCUUGAUCCACAUAUCGACAACGACAAGCUAGAAAUGCUGUAUGGACAGCUUGCGGAUAUCUUGUUACAGCUAUCUAGAUUAUCAUUUCCUCGGAUAGGAUCCCUUUCCCAGAUAGAUGACUCCACAUGGGAAAUAGCACGCCGGCCUCUAUCUAUCAAUAUGAAUGAACUCCCCCUUGCAGAGCUACAUACAGAGCAUUUGACCCAGCAACGGAAUGACGCAGUCGACUCUGCGGACGAUUGUCGACGGAAGUUUGUCGCUAGACGGCUCUUCCGCAAGAUCGCCAGGGACGGCCGACUUACGUCCAGCUUCCCAAAAGACAGCGGCCCGUUCAAAAUAUGGUGUGACGAUCUUCGGCCCUCCAACGUGCUAGUGGACGCAGACUUGAAAAUUGUUGGGGUAGUAGACUGGGAAUUUACCUACGCAGCGCCAGCCGAGUUCUCCUACGCGCCACCAUGGUGGCUGCUUCUCGAGCAGCCGGAUUACUGGCCAGACGGGAUCGAGGCUUGGGGAAAGAGGUUUGAACAUCGUCUGCAGACGUUCUUGAAAGUGCUUCUCGAGCGUGAAGCCGCGGCUCUUGAGCAAGGAAACUUAAAGGAAGACCAAAGACUUUCUGGUCCAAUGCAGCAAAGCUGGGAAAACGGGGACUUUUGGGUCAUAUACGCAGCGAGGAAAAACUUUGCCUUUGAUGCUAUCUUCUGGCGGAAACUUGAUGAUCGUUUCUUUGGUCCAAGUGGGGUUUCAGAGCAAGAUAGAUGGAAAGAGAGGAUAGACCUCCUUGAUCAGGAGGAGAAAAACUAUAUGGAGGAGUUCGUGAGCCGAAAACUUGAAGAGAUGAAAGAAAGAAUUUUGGCAUGGGAACCAGAGGAAGGUUCUGAAUGUUAA